AUGCGGGACUUCUCGCGCGGCUUCCUCAGCUACUGUGACGACGCGCUCAACGGCGCGCCCACACGCGCGGGCAAGAACGCCAGCCACGGAAGAGACGGCGGCUACCGCAGUGACCUACGCCGCUAUGGCCCAGAAGGGGAUGGCGCAGUCAGGGGCGGCCUGCCGGCCCGCCCGACCCACAACCUCGGAUGGCCCCACACGUCCAGCCGCCUAAGCGCGUCUUCGUGCGGCUCACUGACGGAUCCCCAUCGUGGGGCCACCAGGGGAGCCCACGUAGCCAAGACGCUCAAUAUAGAAGGCAUGCCACAAGUCGCCCGAGGCGACUGGGCGGCCUGCCUCGGAACCGAAGCGGUUGAAGGCUUCCAGAAUUGGCACACUUAUACGGUGGCCGACUGCCCCAGGCAGCUCACGGAUAUCUGGGGGUCUGCAGUAGACUAUGGCCAAGCUAUCAGAGAAGAGAUCAAGCUGCAGACAGGCGUGGAACCAGUAGACGUUCACGAAAGCCAAGAGACACGCCGAGGGCUCAGACCGGCCUACCGUGACGAUGAUUGUGUCAUUCAAGGCGGCUAUACAGAAGAGAUGGCGACUCUUCGGCACCGGCCGAUUAGCGCGACCGAUCACCAAGAACCCCCGACCUACCCAAUGUACCACUCCCGCUUUAUCUGCGACCAGAAACCGGCGUGCCGACGCUGCGGCGGAAAAGACCACCACGGUGACGACUGUGAUCGUCCGGAGAGGUGCGCGAACUGCUUCGGGCCCUUCCAGGAAGACCACAAGCAGUGCCCUGCCAGACCCAGGCGCUCACACGGCCAACUCGUGCGGCUGUCUAAGAUCGAAAAGCACGCAGUAAGGAAGAUGGGCUCCCGGCUAUAUCGGCAAACCAACAUGGAACUCGAACGGCUGGCGCCAACCACCUCUCCCCAAGCCGUCGAGGCCCGCCAGAUGCAGCGGCCGCCUCCCUCCAGCGCGCAAGCGCCCGACCCCACGGCGCUUCUUCCACCUCAGGACGAGAUAGUGGUCGCAACAUACAGCCCUGAGUCUCUCAAAAAGAGACUCCCCGAGACAAAGAACCCGCGACAGGAGGACUAUCCGAGUUCUCCAGGCCAACGUGGCAAAGCAGAGCCUUAUCAUAGCAUGGCCUUACGACUAGCAGAAGCAGAAGAUUACGACAUCACCUUCCACGCCUUUGCGCCAGAACGAGCAUGGGAUCCAGACCAGGCCCCGAGGGUGAUGUCGUACGCCCGUAACGAUGCGAAUAUCCGAGUAGAGCAGAUCUGCUCCAUACCCACGCGCGAUAUACUCUGGCUUCGGGUCAACGGCAUCCUCAUCAUCAAUUUCUACCGACACGAGGGGACCCCCGAGCCACUUGACUAA